ACAGAGAACGCAAAAGCUUCCAAAUACACUUGAACCAUUUCGUUUAACUAACACAAAGCUCUCAAACAUGCUCGAUAAACUCGUCGGCCUCGCCAUGCUCGUGGCCGCCUCCGUCAUCUUCCUCUACUACACAGUCUGGACCCUCCUCAUGCCCUUUGUCGACGAUGACCACCCCCUCCAGAACCUCUUCCUCCCCCGCGUCUGGGCCAUCCGCAUCCCCGUCAUCCUCCUGCUCCUCGGCUCCGCCGUCGUCGGCUCCUUUGUCGGCAUGGUCAUGAUCCGGAGCAACCAGAAGAAGGCCGCCAAGGCAAAGGCCGCCGCCAAGAAGAAGGCGUAAAAAAGGACACACUCGCAAGACGACGCGAUUAAGAUGUCCGAAUGAGAGAAGAAGAAUAAAGAGACAGG